AUGCACCAUCCCUUGCCACCAUCCCUUGCCACCAUCCCUUGCCACCAUCCCUUGCCACCAUCCCUUGCCACCAUACUCUUUCCUCCUCAUCAACCCCCGCUCUUCCCCCCGUCUCGUUCCCUUUCCCCCACUUCUCUCCCUGCCGAUCCCAUUCGCCCUCCUCUUCAGGGGAUGUCACGAGUCUGGCGAGUAUCCCUGCGGGCGCGCAGGCGAGCGCACAGGGACGUCACGAGUCUGGCGACCAUCCCAGCAGGCACGCAGGCGAGCGCGCAGUUCCUGGCCAAGGAGGGCGGCGUGCUGGCCGGCACACAAGCAUGCCCUCCCUUCCUGUCUUGUCUCCUCACCUCUCUCUGGCCCUUCCCCCUCCCCUCUCUCUCAUCCCCCCAGGGGACGUCACGAGCCUGGCGACCAUCCCAGCAGGCACGCAGGCAAGCGCGCAGUUCCUGGCCAAGGAAGGGGGCGUGCUGGCAGGCACCGCGCUGGCUACAGCCGUGUUUCGACUGCUGGAGCCCAGCAUUCAGGUGUGACGGGGUGGGGCGAGGCACAGGGUUGGGCUUGAGCGCGCAGUUCCUGGCAAAGGAGGGCGUGCUUCCGACUGCUGAAGCCGAGCAUUCAGGAGGGAGCGGUAAUGGCAGCUGUGGCUUCAUGCUGGCUGCCUUGGGAUGGCUGGACGGACCGGUGAUUGGGGUGCGAGAGAUGAGGGCUGGGAGGAGCUAUACUCGGGUGGAGUGGAGCAAGGAGGAUGGGGACACGGUGGAGAAGGGCGAGGUAUUUGCCACGGUGCACGGCUCCGCGCAUGCCAUCCUGCAGGGCGAGCGCGUGGCACUCAACUUCAUGCAGCGCAUGAGCGGCAUCGCCACGUCCACCAGGGCCAUGGUGGAGGCAGCCCGCCCUGCCACAGUGCUAGAGACACGCAAGACUGCCCCGGGACUCAGAAUCACAGACAAGUGGGCGGUGCUGAUAGGAGGGGGGCAGAACCACCGAGUGGGGCUGUACGACAUGCUGCUGGUGAAGGACAACCACAUCGCUGCUGCUGGUGGUGUGCCGGCCGCUAUCAGCUCUGCCAGAGAGUACAUCCGAUCCAACGGCCUGGAUCUCCCGGUGGAGGUGGAGGCACGCACGUUGGAUGAGCUUCAGGAGGUGCUGAGGUGUCGUGGUGAGGGUGUUGGGCGGGUGACACGGGUGAUGCUGGACAAUAUGGUGGUGCUGCAACCAGGGGGAGGGGAUGGUGGAGGUGCAGUGCAUGUGGACGUGUCCAUGCUGCAGCAGGCAGUGAACAUGGUGAACGGGCAGCUCGAGACCGAGGCGUCGGGCAACGUGACUUUAGAGACUGUCGGUGCUAUUGCUGCAACUGGUGUUGAUUUCAUCUCAAG